UUUUAAACACAAAUAUUUUUUUCACUGCAAUCGCGCAUUCUUUCCCUAUGUCAUCAGGGGAGGAAGAAACAGGCAGAGACGAAGAGGAGUACUCUUCACCAGACGAAGAUACACUGUUUAGUGGGCCAAUAGCAUUCCUUAUGAUUGUGUCUGAAUAUAUGUCAACUUUUUCCUGCCAACUUGGGCUUCCAUCAAACGAUUUUUUAGAUUUUCCGAACCAGCUUACACACACAAAAGAUAUUGAAAAUAUCAGACACUAUCUCCAACAACUAUUGUCAUGUAGGAAAAAGCUUGAGGAACUCUUUAAUGUCCCAAACCAGCAAAGCUCGUCAUGUCCUAAUGAAGUUGUUGCAGUCUUUAUCAAUUUUCUACCCCGACUGGUAGAAUCCAUCCUAUGUUUCAAGUCAGAAUACAUCGCUUUCCAAAAUCUCCGGACAGAGCUAGGAUUUCUAAAUACUUUUCUUGGAGAUACAUCAAUGCAUUUGCAGCCCACCAAGAAUAUAGUGAUAGAUAUCCAAGAUGUGGUUAAUGAGGUAGGAAAUCUCUUUUAUUCCUUGUUUUUCACCUUUGUAGUAUUCUCGGUCACUCGGAAGGAAGCCACCACUAUUGCUUUUACAAGGCUUAAUUUGACGGAUAUUGAAGAUGUGGUCAACGACGUUCUUGAGGACAGGCCAUUGCAGAUCACUACUGAGGAAGAAGAAAUCAGGAAAGCAGUGGUGGAUAUCAAUGCUCUGGUCCAUGAGAUAGGAAGUUUCAUAGUUUUCACCAAGAAUGAUCAAGUCCCGGAGAGUGGAACAGUUGAUCUAGCUCUUUCCGGUUUGUUACCAAAGUUCGAGCUCUUGAAAUCAAAGAUCAAGGAGCAUUGCAUCACAGUCUCAAAGAUGCCAAUUGAUAUGGCUCCAAAGACUGGUGUGGUUUCACUCUUCAUUGUUGAUUCCGUUCUUGUUGAUCUCAUGGACCUAAUAAAUAACAAGUCUGACUGGAUUCUUGGUCAGAACGAUCAAAUUGUAAUGCUACAUGAGGAACUAUUUUUGUUGGGAUCUUCCGUCACCAGUAUAGCUGUGCAGCAAGAAGCAGAGCAGCAAGAACUCAUAAUAAAAACCAGAGACGUAGCAUUUGAAGUUGAAUAUGUUAUCAACUCGUUUCCCCCUGUUUGGUAUCUCGCCCUCAGACUUCCUCAGCUCAUUGAGAAGAUUCAGCUUAUUACGAUGGCCAUCAAAGAAAUGAAGAACGAUAUUGAUGUGGCUGGACUGCGAGAAGUUGCAAAAUAUCCGGAUGAACACUUAUCCUUACAAUCUGAAGAAACUCCCAUUUUGGAAGAUGUUAUUGUGGGGUUUAAAGAUGUCGCACUCCAAAUUGCGGAACAACUUGUUAGAGGAAAGGAGCAAUUGCAAAUUAUCUCUAUAUCUGGAAUGCCUGGAGUUGGUAAGACAACUUUAGCAAAUAAACUAUAUAAUGAUCCAUCCGUAGUCUAUCAUUUUUACAAGCGAGCCUUGUGCGUUGUUUCUCAAACAUAUAAUAAGAAAAAUAUUUUGAUGAACAUUUUGAGCUGUAUAAAAAAUGUUAAGCAAGAACCAAUUGCAAUCAAGGACGAAGAAAGUUUGGCUGAAGGUGUUUACAAAAGUUUAAAAGGAAGGCGAUAUCUCAUCGUCCUGGAUGAUAUAUGGGAUACAAAAUUAUGGGAUGAUUUGAAAAGAUUUUUUCCAGAUGAUGGAACUGGGAGUAGAAUCUUAUUCACCACUCGGAAUAAAGAAGUAUGUUUGAAAGUGUCACCUUAUUGUGUCAUGAAUACACUUCCUUUUCUGUCAGAAGUUGAAUGCUGGGAUUUAUUACAAAAGAAAGUGUUCAGAGAUAAAAGUUGUCCUCAAGAACUGCUAGACGUUGGGAAGAAGAUUGCAAAAAAAUGUCACGGCCUACCACUUGCCGUGGUCGCGAUAGCUGGAGUUCUUGCAAAUAUGGAGAAUAAAGAAUACUUGUGGCAAGAAGUUGCAAGAAAUUUAAGUUCACAUUUAUCCAAAAAUUCAGACUACUACAUCCAGAUACUAGAACUUAGCUAUAAUCAUUUGCCAAUGCACUUGAAACCAUGUUUUCUUUACUUUGGAGCAUUCAAAGAGGACGAGGAAAUCCACAUACAAAAGUUGAUAUCAUUAUGGGUUGCUGAAGGAUAUAUAAAGAAGGAAGAGCAGAAGAGUUUAGAGGAUGUGGCAUUAGAAUAUGCGAUGAAACUCAUUGAUAGGAGCCUGGUACUUGUUGCUGAAAAAAGAUUUGAUGGUUCAGUCAAAACUAUUAAGAUUCAUGAUCUAUUGCGAGAAAUGUGCUUGAGAAUAGCUGAAGAAAAUAAAUUUUUGAAGAUUGUCAAUAUUAAUGUUGAUGAAUCUCAUCCACUACCGUACUUCAGUGAAGUGGCGAUGUAUCAGAAAUACCAUUGUCUGAGUAUUGUCUGUGGGGAAAAUCCUACUCCCUCACUCCCUUUCGGCCCACAUGUGCGCUCUCUUUUAUGUCGUGGUGUUGCGUUGCCCACAUUAUUUGCAUGCAGCUUCAAAGUUCUUAGGGUCUUGGAUGUUUAUAAUAAAUUUACAAGUUUUGUUGUAAUCGGAAUUGAACAGCUGGUUAACGUGAGGUACUUGGUACUUUCAGACACACUUCCACCAUUGGAAAGCUUCCAGAGACUAGAAUUUCUUGUUGUGAUCAAUUCAUGUGGUAUUGAAAUAACGGAUGUCCUCCUUAAUAUGAUGAGUUUGAGACACAUGCGUUUUGAUGAAGGUGCACAAUUCAGUGAGUCUAUCUGCCGUCGAGCAAUUAAGGAAAAGAGUUUCCAAAUUAAAAAUAACCUACAAAGCAUUUCUUACCUUCAAGUUUUCGAUAAAGCGGAUGAGAAAAUUUUGGGAUGUUCACCCAAUCUUCGCAUGCUUAAGUGUUGGGUUGAAUCUUCACACGGUUUUUCUUUCGACUUCCUUAAUCAGCUCGAAUAUCUGAAGCUUGGGUCAAAAACAGUAGUUUCACUGCCCUUAAAUAUCAAGAAAUUGACUCUAGUUGAUACACACACGUCUCGGGAACAAAUGGAGAUAAUUGGGAAAUUGAAGUACCUUGAGGUUCUCAAAUUAUGUGAUGUUUCUUUUGAGGGAGAACAAUGGGAUACUAUGGAAGGUGAAUUCCCAGAACUUAAAUUCUUGAAACUCUCACGUGUAAAACUUGCAGAGUGGAAUACCUCAAGAGAUCAUUUUCCAAGACUUCAACGACUAGCAUUGCAAUCUUGUGUCGAUUUGAAGAUGAUCCCUCCCAGUUUUGGUGAUAUUCUAACGUUACAGAUGAUUGAGGUAUUUAAUUGUGGGAGAGCUAUCAACAAGUCCGCUAAGAAAAUUCAGGAAGAACAAGAAGACAUGGGAAAUGAAGAUCUUAAAUUCAUAAUCUCUAGGCCGUACUGGAAAAAUUUAAGUGAAAGUGAAUCUGAAGAAGAAAGCGAAGAAGAAAGUGUACGAGAAAGUGAAGAAGAAACAGAGCAUUAGUUUUGCAGGAGAUACCUUUGGCAGCCUUCUGAGACAUUUCUGACUGUAAUAAGAGAUAAUCUCUUAUUUUAGGCUCUUUCAUGUUCUCAUCUGGGUCCUGGGUCCUAGGUAUUGUGUGUACUGCUAAAUGAAACAUCAAAUAACUUCUAUUGUAUUUUGCCUCUAUUUUUUUUUUUUUUGUGAAACCAUGGUGAACUCUCUAUUUCAUGAUCCUCUUUAUGUUAUUCUAGGAAUUACUAUCGAGCAAGGCGCCA